UGACCUCCAAAUGCAUUAGGCACACAAAUGGUGUGCAAACAUAUGUGCAGGUAAAACUACUCAUAUGCACAAAAUAAAAUAAAUCUAAAUAAACAUGUUAGUAAGUUACUCACCAGUGUGCUGCUUGCUUCAGGGAUGCUUAACUCCAGGGAGCUUACUUCAGAUAAUCACUUGAACAGUGGGCCCCAUUACCUGGCCUGCUCAGGUAUCAUGAAGUUGGCAGCCAUCAUAAUGGGCUCUCUGAGCACAGUUGCAUUUUCUGGUGGGAUGGCUUAUGAGGGAGUAAGAGUGUAAGAGCCUCCAUCCUCUUUUUAUUAGUUGCUUUUCUCAUUGCUGUGACCAAAUACUUGACUAAAAGCAAACUAAGCUUUAAGAAGGGAUACAGUUCUUCAUGGAGAGAAGGCAUGGUGACAGGAGGCACCUGGUCACAUUGGGUCCACAGUCAGAAAGCCAAGAAAUAUGCAUUUUGGCAUAAAGCUGGUUUUCCCCUUUUAAUUAAGUUGAGACUACAGUUCAUGUGGUGGUGCUGCCUAUAUUCAGCAACAGUCUUUCUCAAAAGUUAAUGAUUUCUGGAAAGACCCUCACAGACACACUCAAAUCUGUGCUUUACUAAUAACUUGUUUGUUAAUCCAUCCAAGUUGACAAUUGAAAUUAACCAAUAGAGAAUGAAGUUGUUUGCUUAGAAUAAAUGGGAAGAGUCCAAAGGAGAAAGGAGACAUUGUGGCAGCCAAUUAAGAUUGGAUGGAUGGAGAAUAAGUUUGAAACAAUGUCUAUGCUUGUUAGGCAGCAUGGAGAUAGGAGAUGAUAGGAUUAAUUGGGACACUAGUAGCAUUUAACCACCUAAUUUGGGGAGCAAUGAAGGCAUAUGGUUGCGCUGAGCCAGAGUUGGCAUUUGUUAAGGGGGAAUGGGCGGACAGUGAAGCAGGUGCAAUGAGAGUAUUGGUCAGAAAGUGAUUAACAUGACAGAUGGGCUGCCAAGCCUGCAUGGCAAGGAGAAAAGGCCUAGAGGUGUUGAUGAAGUCAAGGGAUGAGUGUUUUGGAGUGAUGGAGUCAUACCAGGAUGUGGCUAGAGAGACAUGUGCAUGGAAGAUUCAAGAGUUGGAGCAGUUAAUUAGUUGGCAUGACUGACUUCUGUGUUUUGCCACAGACACUAACCACUGAAGUGAACUCAGUGAAGAUGGAUGAAGUCAAGGAGAUUUAAUAACUGAGCAGUGGAAGAGUUGUUUUGGUUGUCCCUAAAGUUAGAAAAGCCAUUAGAAGCAUGCCAAGAUUUCUGGAGCUGAGAGAAGGAAGAGCUAGGUCUGUAGAGGAAUUUUAGUUCAGCAAUAUGGUUGUUCUAGAAUGGGAUCACAUCCACAGAUAUGAACCGGCUGGAAUGCAGACAAGCCCUUAGGGCACAACUUUAAUCCCAAGCAAUGAUGUCUAUGGAGGAGCAGACAAAGUUGAUCAAUCAAAGAAAGAUUUGACAGAAUAAGUCAGAGAUAGGAUAUGCCCAACUCUUAUGAGAACAGACAGUAAAGAGAGGCUACUUAAAAGAACAGAGAAGGGGAAAGAGAGUCAAUUCUAGAGGCAAGUUGAUUCGUGCAGUUCAGUUGAGCUCAAUUCAGAGCAUAGCAGUUGACUUUGGAGCAGUUCAGUUUGUGGAUUUCAAUGCAGUCUUUGCAAGCAGAGCAAUUUAGUCAGAAGCUGAGAGGAGCAAAUUUCAAUCAGUUAGCUGGAGAGGAGUUUGAACUAGAACAGCUGAGUUGACCCAGCCAGCCAGAGUUCUGAAAGAGCUAGAAAGGGUGAACUUAUUCAGCAAAAAGUCUCAGAGGCUGAAACAUUCCAGGACUAGGUUAGCAGACAGAGGGUAGAAACUGAAGUCUUCAAGGUCUGGGUUUGUAGAAGAUUAGAUUGUAUGGAGGCUAGAAGCUUUCAGGCCUAAACUUAGGGAUAGUUAGACAGGAAUGUUGUAGGCUCAGCCCAAGCCAUGUAUUCUUAAAGCUUGGGUAUGGCUCUCAUUUCAUCACUUCUUCUGAGGAAAUAAAAGUGACGUUUACAUUUACAUAGGUCUCAAGUGAAUGAAGUGAGGUAAGAGGUCCCAGCAGUGGAAGACACCAAGAGUGUUAAACCAGUCUAUAGGAGCUUCAAAUUAUUGGUAAAUUCUGCCCAAAAGAGGAAGUUGAAAGCAUGACACAAGAUGUACUACUGGUUGUAAGUUCUCUAGGAGAAUUCAGCUUUGGCUUACUUUGUUGUAAUUCAAAUGAUCUGCCCUGGUGGCAAGUAUUACCUUGUUUCUAGAAUGUAUAUGAAAGCCAUCUUAAAAAUAAGCGUUACCAGGCUUUAUCAUAUGGAACUAUCUGGAGGAGAGGAGCUUAUGAAUAUAUAUUUAACUUUUCCUCUACCAUAUACAUAAUACUUGACAAUUCUUUAUAAUUAGCCAGGAGGCUGGCUUGGAUGAAGUGCAUCAGAGUAGGACUGUCUUUCAGUGUCAGAGAUUGAACUCUGGCUUUACACAUGCUAGACCAGUGUUCUGUCUUUGAGCUAUACCAUCUGGAAGGUAAUCUAUACCUGUUGUAUUUUAUUUAUUAAGACAUCACUAACAUUUAACAAGGCUCCGGAUCAUUUGCAUAUGUUAGCCUUUAAUUAUUUAAAAUGACUCACUCAUCGAGAAUGCCCAGUUCCUUAUUUUUGAUAAUUUGUUUUUUUUAAUUAGCAUAAUAAAAUUUAAGAACUAUACAGUGUAGAUUGCUUUUAUGGAAGAAUAGCUGAAAAUGAACUCAGGAUCAUAGUGAACAUUUAAAAUAAUUAGAAAUUCAGUCACAUGAUGCUUAACAAGAGGAAUAUGUUCUGAAAGAUGCUUCAUUGGGUGUUCAGCAUAGAAUAUGCUUACAUAACCAGGGAUGUAUGAUUGUGGUUUGCAUAAGAAUGGUCCUGUAGACUCAUCUAUGAAUGCUUAGUCAUUAGGAAGUGGAACUCUUUGAAAGGAUUAGAAAGAUUAAUAGGUGUGCCUUGUUGACUGGGCUUUGAGGUCAAAAAUCCAUACCAGGACUUCUGUCUGUCUGUCUGUCUGUCUGUCUGUCUCUCUGUCUGUGUCUGUGUCUGUCUCUGUCUCCAUCUCUCUCCUCUUAUGGAUAAGAAUGUAGCACUUAGCUACUUCUACGGCACCACACUUGCCUGCUGCCUUCAUGCUCCCUGCUCCCAUAUGCCCUGCUUUAAUGAUAAUGGACUAAACCCCUGGAACUGUAAACAUGUUCACAAUUAAAUGCUUUCCUUUAUAAGAGUUGCCUUAGUUAUGGUGUCUUUUCACAACAAAAUAACAGUGACAAAGACAAUGGUAUAACCUAUUGUUCCUUAGCUAUAAGAAAAAAAAGUAGAUUUUUUUUGGUGUGAAAAUCAAACCAAAAUAGAAAGUAUAGUAAAAGUCCCAUGUGGUUAGAAUUUUUCAGCUCCAUCAUAAUCAUAUAGGGCCACCAUAAUAUACGCAGUCCAUUGUUGAUUGAAACAUCAUAAUGUGGCUCAUGACUGUGUAGUAUGGUAAAUGGAAAACCAAAAUAAUGGGAUGUAUAUGGCUUGGUAUGUGGGGAAGGUGGAGCCCUAAGUGAUGCUAGUGAGGCCUUCACAGGAAAGGAUUAACCCCAGGUUAGCAAGACUUUUGGAUAACCAUGAUCUCAUUUCUGAAUAUCUUUUUCAGGGAUGUUGGUGAUGGAGUGCUGUGGAGUGGGUUAGCUGCUUAGUGUCCUUUACUCUGGGAGGCUAAGUACAAAAGGGCUGGCAGAAAAGCUGUGAAGCAGCUCAAGGGAGUUCUUCCUGGUUGAGGGCUCUGUAUGCUUGGUUUCUAGGUAUGGUCUGCCUCAAAAAAAAAAAAAGUUACCUUGUUAGAGUGAAUUAUCUCUCACUGAUUGAGUGUGUUCCUAUGAGUGAGUCGUCACUUCUUUGUCAGGUAAGUGAAAGCCAGAUCUUUGUCCUAAAUUUCUGGAGAGUAAAGGGCUAGAAGUUUUGCCCUUGUAAAAGCUAUUUUGUUUCUGAAGUGGGUGGGCCUUUGGCACUUAGUGGUCAAAAGCAGAAAGUACAGUGAGGUCUUUGAAGGAAGGAGAAUGUAUCAACUUACUGUUGUGGAACUUGGAAGUGGGAGUUGAUUAUUGCUUCCCAUUGUUUGUUGGGUGAAAGUUACACUCCACAGAUUGAUACUUAAGGACUUCCACUGUCUUUGAUCAGUUCUACCAGGCUUCUUAAUCUUUUGGCUUUAUUCUAGCUCCUUUGUGUGUCAAGCCAAGAGUACCUUUGAUAGAACACUAGAAUGUGAUAUGAGAGACCAGAUGCUGUAGUGAAAUGCCUUUUGACUUUGAGUCUAGUCCUGUGAUUCAGUCUCAGCUUCUCCAUUUACUAGUGACUUGCUCCUCUGAGUCAUUUUCAUUUCUAAUCCAUUUAUAACCCUUUGUAAUAAUAGUAAGAGAGGAUGAUGAGUGUUAAAUUAGAAACUUUAGUUUAACAAGAAACUUUAUUUUAAAAUUUCUUGAUAAAGAUUAGUAAAUCAUAGAGACUGUCAUUAGACUAUUCCUAAUCCUUACUCCAAGCUCUUAUAUAAAUUUUCUUCUUUACUACUGUAUCCUCUGCCUUCAGAUACUUAAACUCAGCUUAUAUGAGUAGAGAAGCUCUAGCUUAUAUAAUAGACAAUGCUACUGAGACCUCAGUGACCAAAAAUAAUAGACAUUUUUGUGCUCAUUUCUAAUACAAAUAGUGUGGAAGAGGAGACCCAGUCCUAUGAAUACCUGCUGGUUUUAAAUCAUGGUUGCCUAAGUUGUCCCUGGGUGUCAGUGGUCAACAGCAUGAGGGAAGAGACUGAUAAUGAAUGAAUGAAUGAAUGAAUGAAUGAAUGAAUAUCUAGGAGGCUUUUAUGUACCAGACUUAGGAUGGGAGCUGGUGAGUUAAUUCAAAGAAGAAAAGAUUGAAAAGGAGCAUGUACUGGGUAGGAAGUGAGUUUGGUUGUUUAUAGAGUUGUGAAAGGACUCCAGGAAGAGUCAGGCAGGACCUGUAUGGUGCAAGACAGAAUGAAGGGGUCCUUCUGUCUGGAUAGCUAGGGAUUGAGAAGGCUGGAGAGCCUUAGACUAGCUCCUGGUGAAGGCAAGUGGUUGCCAAGGUCAGGAGAGACAGGACAACUAGGGUAUUCCCAUACCUUCUGAAGUAACUUUCCUAACAGCUCUGGAGACGUUGUAGCUCUUUAAAGCCCACACAACAGGCAACAGAGAGAAAUGAGUUAAGUCUGUAGUGCUGAGAACUAGGAAAAUCUUACCUGGAUGAUUAGACAACUGAGGCCACAGAUGAAAUGGCUGGCAGAGAACCCCUGGGCAUGGGGUAGAGGAAGCUCUUUGUAGAUGACCUCCCCUUAGGCUGCUACAGUUGGGGGUGGGAGAGUAAGAAAAUAGAAGCAUUUCUAGGAGGAAGCAGCAGUUUGAGUAAGUGUGGUCCAAGAUUGAAAAGAGCCAGGUAGGAGGGAGAGCCUAGAUCAUCCAAGAACUUACAGGCUUGUCAAGGAGUUGAGACUUACUCCAAGGGCAGCAGGAAGCCAUUAUACACUUUGAGUGAUGGGUAAAAUUAUCUCAAUUUAUAUUUGGAAAGACCAUCCCAUCCAGCUGUUGUAUGAAGAUUGGGUGGAGAGGAAGCAAGCAUAUGAUUUCAAUGUAGUAGAUAAGGUAAGAAGAAGAAUUCAAAAAGGCUAGUCUAGAGCUCAAAUCAGUGGUCAUGGGUGGAAAAUAAAAUUUGAUCCUAUGUUUCCUGUUAGCUCAAUCUGUUCUAAACCAAGCUUCCUGUGGGUAUCCUUAUCCAUGGCCUCUACUUCCUCACCUGUGGUUCAGCCCCUAUGCUCUAGCUCUGUAACUCCCUGAAAUGUCUCAGGCACCACCCAGGGUCCUUUGUUGUUUGCUAGUCCAGGUCAUUCACUCUUGCCUAGAUUCAUACUGUAAUCAGUUCCAGCCUAGACCUGCUUUCCCCUUUAAUGCUUCUAUUUUUUUGGCCUUCAGGCCUGUGACCUCUUCCAGGUCCUAAGUUCUCAGACCAGUCCUGAAAUGAAGGCAUUCUUGAGAUUUCUAAACCUGAAUUUCCUGGAUUUAGCUGUGUUCCUUUUUUUAAAAAAAAUGAACCUUCUCUUUUUUCAUCAAGCCCUCCCAACUUUAUCUCAGGUGCCCCCACUGAAGCGUUCCCUGACCCCUCUGGCCAUGUAAGGCACCACUCCCUGUUUUCAAUUCUUAUGGAUAAUAAACUGGAUACUCACAGUAGCACUUAGCACAGUGUUUACUUAUUUGUCUGCACAGUUAAUAGUACAUGAAAGAUAGGAUUUACAACAAAAUGUUUCCUGAUCUAGGCCAAAGAUUGCUUUCUACAUUUUAGGUGAAAGCCACACUUCAUUAUGAAGAUGUCUGUUCCUAAUUGUAUGGCCUUUUAUAGACCAUUCAUUUCUCACCAACUCUGAAGGCUGGAGUUUGGAUAUAAUAUCUUCUGUCAACAGAAGAAAUUAGUUUAAUUUGGAAUAAUCAGAAAUUGUCCUCAUAUUCUGAAAGGAACAAAAAGACUUAAAAAUCUUAAUCAUUUCAAAAGAACUUGUAAAGACUGUACUUCUUACUGGCAUCUCUGCUGCCUUACUCAUGCUCCAGAAUCUUUGUAUGCGCCUUGUACUUUGUGAUUUCACAGUUCUGGGUUUGACCUUACAAUUGCCUCCAUGGAGAUGGGCACUAAUGUUCUGUGCUGAAUUGUGUUAGCCAUGGAAAGCAGCAAACAGGCUGGAUGAAAGGUGAGUUUCUUCCUUUCCUGUCCUUGUCUCCUGCCAACUAGCUCAUUGUGGUGAGGGAAAGAGAGGAGAUGAACAGAGAUGGUGCUGUGUCAGUUAGUGCAUAAUCCAACAUUUUGCAAGGACUGAAUUGCAGCUACAGAGGCAGCAAACGACUCCUUAAAGAUGCCACAGGACUGCAGAAAGUGAAGGGGACCUUGGAGAAGAUGAUGACGUAAAAAGAAUGUUUCUCCCAAGGACAAGAAGCUUAAGGAAAAGUGGCUUUCUGCAAAUAACUGACAAAACUGACCUUAGAAGCACUUCCCAGGGCCUCAUGGAGUAGCUGGAAUUUGUACUACAAGGCUUUCUUGCCUACUGGUUACCCGAAGUGGUUGUCGCCAUGGCCAGCAAAAGGAAGUCCACCACCCCAUGCAUGAUCCCCGUUAAGACCGUGGUGCUGCCGGGUGCCAGCACAGAGCCUCAGCCUGUGGAGCCUCUGCCUGAAGGUCCCCAGCAGGAUCUUCCCUCAGAGGCACCUGAUGCCAGCAGCGAGGCAGCCCCAAACCCCAGCAGCACUGAUGGCUCUGCCCUGGCAAAUGGGCACCGGAGCACUUUGGAUGGCUAUGUGUACUGCUGUAAGGACUGUGAGUUCAGGUCCCAGGAUGUGACCCACUUUAUAGGACACAUGAACUCAGAGCACACAGACUUUAAUAAAGACCCAAAUUUUGUAUGUACAGGGUGCAGUUUCCUGGCAAAAACCCCUGAAGGACUUUCCCUGCAUAAUGCCAAGUGUCACUCAGGGGAAGCCAGCUUUUUGUGGAAUGUGACCAAGCCGGACAAUCAUGUAGUAGUGGAGCAGAGUGUCCCCGAGAGUGCCAGCUCAUCUGUCCUAGCAGGUGAGUCUACUACGGAAGGGACUGAAAUCAUCAUUACCAAGACUCCAAUCAUGAAGAUAAUGAAAGGCAAAGCUGAAGCCAAAAAAAUCCAUAUGCUUAAAGAGAAUGCACCUAAUCAGCCUGGGAGUGAGGCCUUGCCUAAGCCAUUGGCAGGGGAGAGAGAGGUUAAAGAGGGGGACCACACUUUCAUCAAUGGGGCAGCUCCAGUCAGUCAGGCAUCUGCUAAGUCCACAAAACCCCCUCCUGCUGCCAAUGGGCCCCUGAUAGGAACAGUGCCUGUCUUGCCAGCUGGUAUAGCACAGUUCCUCUCCCUCCAGCAGCAGCCCCCAGUACAUGCCCAACACCACACCCACCAACCCCUGCCUACAUCCAAGACCCUUCCGAAAGUCAUGAUCCCCUUGAGCAGCAUCCCAACAUAUAAUGCAGCUAUGGACUCCAACAGCUUUCUGAAGAACUCCUUCCACAAAUUCCCCUACCCAACCAAAGCUGAACUCUGCUAUUUGACUGUGGUGACCAAGUAUCCAGAAGAACAGCUUAAAAUCUGGUUCACAGCCCAGAGGCUGAAGCAAGGAAUCAGCUGGUCUCCUGAGGAGAUUGAAGAUGCCAGGAAGAAGAUGUUCAAUACAGUCAUCCAGUCUGUGCCUCAGCCCACAAUCACAGUUCUAAACACCCCCCUUGUUGCCAGUGCUGGCAAUGUACAGCACCUCAUCCAGGCUACUCUCCCAGGUCAUGCUGUGGGACAGCCUGAGGGCACAGCAGGGGGCCUGUUGGUCACUCAACCAUUGAUGGCCAAUGGGUUACAAGCAUCAAGCUCAUCUCUCCCUCUGACAACUGCAUCUGUUCCCAAGCCAACUGUGGCACCCAUUAACACUGUGUGUUCAAAUUCGGCAUCAGCUGUGAAGGUUGUCAAUGCAGCCCAGUCACUCCUCACAGCAUGUCCCAGCAUAACUUCCCAAGCUUUCCUUGAUGCAAACAUCUACAAAAAUAAGAAGUCUCAUGAACAGCUUUCGGCUCUGAAAGGAAGCUUCUGUCGGAACCAGUUUCCUGGGCAGAGUGAAGUAGAGCAUCUGACCAAAGUGACAGGCCUCAGUACCAGAGAGGUGCGGAAGUGGUUCAGUGACCGGAGAUAUCACUGCCGGAAUCUGAAGGGCUCCAGGGCCAUGAUGCCCGGAGAGCAUGGCUCUGUUCUCAUUGACUCUGUGCCAGAGGUGCCCUUUCCCCUGACAUCUAAAGUUCCAGAGGUGACCUGCAUCCCAACAGCAACCUCACUGGUAAGCCACCCUGCCACCAAACGACAAUCUUGGCACCAGACCCCAGACUUCACACCAACCAAAUACAAAGAAAGAGCCCCAGAGCAGCUGCGAGUCCUGGAGAACAGCUUUGCACAAAACCCACUUCCCCCCGAGGAGGAGCUGGACCGCCUAAGAAGUGAAACGAAAAUGACUCGAAGGGAAAUUGAUGGCUGGUUCUCAGAGAGACGGAAAAAGGUGAAUACUGAGGAGACAAAGAAAGCUGAUGGGCACAUGCCUAAGGAGGAGGAGGAGGGUGCUGAGCAGGAGGGUAGAGAUGAAGAGUUGGCCAGUGAGCUGAGGGUCCCUGGUGAAAAUGGCUCUCCUGAAAUGUUUCUUAGCCAUACCUUGGCAGAACGGAAGGUCAGCCCCAUCAAAAUUAACCUCAAGAACCUGCGGGUCACUGAAGCCAGUGGCAAAAGUGAAUUUCCAGGGAUGGGUGUCUGUGAGCCCGAGGAAGAUGGUUUGAACAAGUUGGUAGAACAGCCACCAAGCAAAGUAAGCUACAAAAAGACCGCACAGCAGCGUCAUUUGCUUCGGCAGCUCUUUGUCCAAACACAGUGGCCAAGCAACCAGGAUUAUGACUCCAUCAUGGCCCAAACAGGGCUGCCCCGGCCAGAGGUGGUACGCUGGUUUGGAGAUAGCAGGUAUGCCCUUAAGAAUGGCCAGCUCAAGUGGUACGAAGACUAUAAGAGGGGAAACUUCCCACCAGGUUUGCUGGUCAUAGCCCCUGGCAACCGAGAGCUGCUGCAAGAUUAUUACAUGACACACAAGAUGUUGUGUGAGGAAGACCUGCAGACCCUCUGUGAUAAGACCCAGAUGAGUGCCCAGCAGGUCAAGCAGUGGUUUGCUGAGAAGAUGGGUGAAGAGACCCGGGCUGUGGCAGAUAUAAGCAGUGAGGAUCAGGGCCCUGGAAAUGGAGAGCCUGUUGCAGUUCACAAGGUGCUGGGUGAUGCCUAUCCGGAGCUGUCUGAAAACAGCGAAUCAUGGGAGCCAAGUGCUCCUGAGGCCAGCUCAGAGCCUUUUGACACUUCAAGUCCCCAGUCUGGACGUCAACUCGAAACAGACUGAAUUUGAUCUUGAUUACUCUGAAGGACCGGCCAGUCUGGGAUGCUGUCUGCCAUGUGGAAGGGCCAAACCUGCCACAUAUCAUCUUGAUGGCCAGCUGCCAGGCAUCAGGAGAGCCUCUGGAGCCUCGCUGAACCCAGAACCUGCCACCGCCCCAGCCGCCUUCAGCCUGACACUUCUGAGCAAAUAGCAAUGGUUUCUCAUCAGCCCAUCUUCCUACAGAGCAGGACCUUUCCAUGGCCUCCCAGGGACAAAGCAAUUCAGAUUGCAUAUAUCUAGACCCAGAAUCAAGUUACUAGCAUAUACAGCUACCUAUAUACAUUUAAUAAAGCAUACUACUACAGACAUUUUCAAUACACAGGAACUCGGGUUACCAAAGCAGUACAGCUCUGACAAUGCCAUGUCUGUUUUCUGGGAAGCUGAGACCAUAGGGACCCUCAUCCUCUGCAACAGCGGGAGUCCCAGGCACGCUCAGAACUGCACCAGGCCUGGCCCUACUUGUCUUCUCAAGGGAACAGAUUGUUGGAAGAGAUCUCUGCAUCACUGAGUGGAGGCAAGCCACAUUUUGUGCCAGGCUUGUCUUGUGUUCUGAUUGACAAAGAGCCCACUGUUACCUUCAGUUCUGAACACAACCAAGCUAUGACAUUACCAUUGGAUGCUAACCAUUCUUUUUAGUUAACUGUAAUUCUGGUUUUGUUUUUUUGUUUGUUUUUUGGGGUUUUUUUUUUUUUUUUUUUGAGUUUGAAUCAUGGACCAACUUCUCCAUUAUCAGAUCAACUAAAGAAACCAUUGUUGUAAAGCCCAAUCUACUGACCUGUAGCUCCCUUCAGCCCUUCAAUCUAGACGCCUUUAGAACAAAAGGAAAGUGAUCAAAGUAGAGCCAAUUGCUGUGGCUUUGGUCACCAAAGUGCUCAAUGCCUCCUGCAGGUCAGAAGGAAAUACAUGGUGGCUGGAGGAAGAAUGAGGCUGAAGGGCUUGGGAGAUUUGAAGUGACUAGAGCUACAGUGUUCUUGAAGACCUGCAGGUCAGAGUUCCUGGCAAAAUGCCUGUUACACCAAGGGCCCUGGCCAGCUACUGGUUUCAUGAUCCAGAGGUGCUGGACAUCACUGGACAGAUUCCCGUGAGGGUAUUUUUAAAGUUCCACAUUUAUAUUCCCAACCUGAGAAACAAGUACUCUAUCUACUUUUGCCUAAGCCUCAUGUCUUUUUAAUUAAAAUCACAAGAAAUGGUGCCUUUGAAACAAUGGAAAACUUCUUAGGGAACUGUACUAAACAUUAAAGCCCCAGUCUCUCCUAGGCUGGCUUCUCUGAGAACAGUAGACAAAGCAGGGCAGGGGAGGGAAAGAUGACAAACAGGAUGUGUCAUCAUGGCCCCACUUACCUCUUGGAGAUUCCCUCAGGAGACCCACAGGCAGGGCAAGAGCUUUGACCAAGAAGCAGUGGCCAACUUCCAGGUGUUCUCCUCCCUCCCUUCCCAGGGGAGGGGAAUAGUCUGAGGAUGAACAUGGCGGCCUUCAGCCUUUUAGGAAAGAGGGCUUUUUUUGUAACCCAGGGCCCUGGAACCAUUAUAAGUUGUUUCUCCUGCCCUUCCUGUUCCCAUAGGGAUGGCCUCACAUUUGAUUGGAGUUUUUUAUUUUGUUUUAUUUUUGGGUUUUUUUUUUUUUUUGACUACUUGGCAAGUUUUGUAGCCUAUUUUUAUAUCCUUUCUGUUUGGGGAGGGAAGCUAUUUGGCCCCAAACCUUGAGGAAUUGGAAAGGAUAAAUGGUGAGUGAUUGUUUUUCUUCAGAGAACAGAUGCCUGAACGUUUUCCAGAACGUGUUUGUAUAUGUGCAGAUUUACAUAUCCAUCUAUACAGGACACAUACUUAUUUGAUACUUUAUUCAUAAGUCGUACAGCUGAUGUACAUUUGAGUCUGUGUGUGAAGAGAUAACAGUAUCCUGGGCAGCCGGAGUAGCAGAGGAAGCCAUCUGUCUAAGCAUCUGUGUCUCACCUGAGCCCAGAUGCCUGCUGGGCUGCACCUCCAGAGCCCUGCUGCACUAGCUGAACACUAGACUAAAAAUGUCUCAACAAUGUACACGGAACAGAAACAUUGUUAGUUGGUGGACAUUAUGCAGGACACAGAGCAGCCUGGUCUCAGGCACUAGGUAGUCUUCUGGAUGGGAAGUUGCAGUAACACUGGCUCCAGCACACCUUUCUCAGAACUGGUAAUGGCAAGAUUGUCCAGGUAAGAAACAAGUUGCUUCCUUUGCUCUUGGAUAGGGGAGGGAAGUUGUGGCUUGGACCUUGUUUGAUAGAUAAUGGUGAGGGAGGUGGUCAUAGCGUUGGCACUCCAGGGAAGGGUUUUGGAUACCAAGCAUUGGUGCACUGACAGAGGAGUUGGGGUGUAGGUUGGCAGCUACCAGGUCUAUGGUUACUAUGUGACAUCACAGUGGCCUUGUACAGUUGGAGGCUCAAUAGAAGGCUGGCUGUGGCUGCUGAGGUGGGGUGGAAUGUGCUUCUCCUAACAAGGUGUGCUUUGUGACAUGGUGAGUCUUGCCCUAUCUUCUGCACUCACUUGGACUUACCAGAGGCAGUACAUUCUAAGUGUUUUUUGUGCUGGUCUUGUAUAUUGAUUUUUUUCUACUCAUAUAUGUUUGUCAGUUCAGUUAUAGCUCAGAAUCAACUCUAACAGAAACCCAAACUUAUACAUAAGCUUUGCAUAUUAUUUGUAAUUUUCUGAUCAGAGACUUUUUUUUCCUUUUGGUAGUUGGGUGUGUUAGUGUUGGGAGUCCUUUCCCUAGAUGACUUUGAGGUCUACUAGUGACUGUCCUUGCACUUUUCUCUUGGCUGAGUGUCAGCAGCUGCCAGUGAACAAAAUACCUUAGCACAAGGGCACCCUCCCCUCUGGAAGCACAAGGAGAGUUGGGUGGGACCUGGUAGGUAGCUACCUAUAUCCUAAGUCUGUCUCCAGCUGGCCUUGGGUAUGUGCUACUAGGAAGCUCAGCUGCAUUCUCUAGACCCAGAUGGCUCUCAGAGAUUUUACUUGUUCUGACAGUAGCUAUGUCAUACCUGUGUCCCUUCCUCCCUGCUGGCCCUAGGACAUCUGUCACACAGCUGCCUCCUGUGGAGGGUAGGGGUGAGGGGGCAACCUUGCUGGCUGGAGACUCAUGCUGUCCUCUAGGUGAGUGUUGAGCUGUCCCUGUCUUGAGCCAUUGCCUUUUGUCUUCCUAGUUUCUACAUGGACCAAAAUCCUCAGAUUGGAGCAGCUCAGUCAGUGCCACUGUCACAGCCCAAAGGCACUUUCUGGGAAACCAGCCAAGGAAAUCCUAAAACAAAACUUAGAAUUUGUGUUUUUACUAAAGCCACUUUACAGAUGAACUUAUAUUCAUUUGCAAGGCUCUGUUUUCUGCAGUAGUCUUCUAGAUACAUAAAGGUCUUUGGUCAGCUCAUCCUAUCCAAAUUUUGGCAUGCUGCCUGGUUUUUCUUAUACUAGACUAAGCCUUUUUUCUAGCAUCCCUGAUUUAGCUUCAUCUUCUCCCAUAAGAGCACACCGUUCACCACCAACCUUCCCAAACCUUUAUGAGCUGAUUUCCAUGUGUUAUAGCACUGGAGCCCACAGGCCUUUCUAAAUAAGUACAGGUCUCCCAAGACUUGAGCCUGAAUUAUCCACAUUGCAGUUUCUUCUGCUCAGUAGAGUAGGUAGGUUACUGAGCUCUAUCCUCUAGGGCUAAUAAGGCUGUUGAGGGUCUUCAGUGGAAUGGCUGGGUUUAGUUUUGACUAAUGACAGAACUGACGAUCGUACUAUCUGCUGUUUACAUUGCUACCUAGCUUACUAGCUAGAAAUCCAAAAGGAAUGGGGUUCUCAGAGUCUGUUUCUGCCAAAGUCUGUGUUCUCUUAUGCCUGGCCACCAGGGAUGGCUGGCAUCUAGGUAGUGGCAAGCCCAAAUGUACUUUCCAGAAUUUGUACUUUGUUGUGGUGUGAAAGCAGCUCAGAGAGUAAAUGGACCUAGGACUGAGAGCCUGCUUUGUUCUGAGUGCUUAUUAACUCUAGCCAGCAGUCCUAUGAACUUGGACCCCCAGACUGGAAAACCAAAACAGGUUUUUCUAGUUCUGAGUCUAGUAGGAACACUUCUUCCCAACUCCAUAAAUUCUGGAGCAGGGAUGUAAAUCCAGAGAGUACACUUGGGCUGUCUACUACAGACUAAGGCAGAUUCUGGUUGCUACAAGGAAGAGGUAGGCACCCACUUCCUUGGUUUUUCAGUCUCUUAUGGAUGCGGGACUGAGUGGAUUCAGUGAAGUUACUACUCUGUUGUCUCUUCCCUCCCUGAAACAUACCUUGCUGCUACUCUGGCAGGAACCAGGCAGAAGAGGGAGGACAGCUAUUUGGCAGGGACUGUGCUACAUGGUGUCUUCCUGCUGUUGACAAGGGUGGGCAGAUGGCAAGUUAGAACACCUGAGAGGGGCUUGCAUUGCACAUUUACCUGCUAUCAGUGCCACUUUUGUCAAGAGACUGGCAUACUGUGCCCACAGUGGGCACCUGUAUGUUAAUAGUUUUUCUUGAUCUAUGCCUUUUGACACAUGUUCCCUUCCAUGGAAAGUGGGUGAUUCAGUUUAUUCAGAACUUGAGUUGAAGGUAAAACGCCUAGGAUAAAGCCUGCUCAGACACUGAAUAUAAAAAGGACUGCUGUGCUCUGUUCUCCCCCAAGCAAGCACCAGAAGAGACCAUGUCCAGUGGGCGGAAGUCUAUUUAUUAUGUGGUCCUGCUAACCUGCAGUUAGUGCUACAGAAAGAUCUUGUCCCUAGCUCCUGUCCACACAUCUUGGUCUUGUUCUUGUAGCCCCAUAUGAGAAGGCUGGCUGCAGUGAGAGCGAACACCCAUUCCUUAGCAGGAUUCCAACACAAGUUAGGUUGCUCUGUGAAAUUGGGUGGGCCAAGGGUAGGAGUGGUCACUCAGAGCACUGGUCUCUCUCCCAUGCUUCUGAGUAGCUGGCUUUGUUCAGCUUUGCCAGGAAGGUCAGACUGUGUCAUAAUUGUUAUUAAACACAGAAAAUGAGCCAACCUUUUUCUGGCCCUUGCUGACUAUUGUUCUUUGAGUUGUCCUAACAUAGCCCUUGGGGAAAUUGGGGAGGCAGCCAAAGACCUGCAGUGUCCUUGCUGACAAUGUCUUGGAUCCUGGUCCCCAGCACCUGCUUUGUGUCCUGAUCUCAGUGUGGACGGCUUUGUUCUCAGGGGGCCCGACUGCUGAGAAGUACGGCUGGGGGUGAUUUGAACAGUCUGCCUUUGGUGUGCUUCCUGUCUCCCAGGAACAGCUGAAGUGACUAUCCUGGUGCUAAGUGAGGGUCACCUGCUACUGCGGCCAGCUGUGAAAGUGAACUAAGAAAUAGCAUAUUCUGUCACACAGACCUAUGUGUGGCCCUGGCUGGCCUCCUACCUGCCUGGCCGACUCACUUUGUAGACCAGGCUGGCCUCAGACUUGGGUGCUCUUCCUGCCUCUACCUCCCAAGCACUGAGUUACAGGCAUGGGCCACACCUGGCUGGAGUGUAUAAAUCCUUCACCCUGGGAAACAUUGGAAUAGAAAGACAGCCUUUGCCUUUUGGUGUGGGCUGUGUGUGGUGGGAGGUGCGAGGAUGACCUCUUCUGUCUGAGUCUCUGGGCCUCUUAAGGUCCCCCAUGGGGAUGCUGCUAUUUCCAAGAUGCAAAUUGCACAUUUCCUAGAUUUUGUAUCUGCAAAUUUGGAUAAGGGAUGGGAUGAGGGACAAAACUGCUUGUGUAGUGUGAAUGGGCCUCGGUGGUACUUCCAAUCUUUUAACUGUUCCUAAAUAAAAAUGUACAGACACUUCUUA